AUGCCUGAUGAGCGAUGCUCCGGAAGUCUUCCAAACAGUCGAAUCAUCAAACUGAGACACCCGAAAGAGGGAUGUGCACUGUUCCGUAUCUCCGACACACAUUUUGAUGAGAUUCUCGCCAUCAACGACGGUCAUCGUUCAUUCUUCUACGGAGAGAGUAUCAUUGAGAACGGUACCGUCCAUCUCAUUGCCCCAUUCAAUCCCAUCUUCAUUUGUCUCCCAUUUCUCCACAAAACGGCCGACAAAUUUCUGGAAAUCGACGAAAUUCUCGUCGACGAAAAGUUCGAAGGAAUCCGAGAAGUGGCGAGAAACGAGAGGAUUCUCAAGGCGUUGGAAUCAGUCGCUGAUGUGAAAGACGUUCUCGACGUGAAACUGUACCGUCUGAAUCAGGAGAAGUUGAUGGAAUGGAUCAAACGAAAAUUCGAUGGACUGAAAGUGGAAAUGGCGAAAGAUGCGCAUAAAUCACUUCUCGAUUGUCCCGAAGCGUUCGACCGUCACGUCUUCCAAUUUCUGAUCGAUUACCUGCCAGUCGACAUCAUCACUGCCAUCAAAUCACAUCUGAAAAUUCAAGAACCGUCCGCAUCUGAAAAUAUCGAUCAAAGUAUGAAGAGAAAAGCGCCAGAAGACGAUGAGUACCCGGAUGAGAAGCCUAUUGUGAAGAAACCGAAAGAAUCGAUUCAGGCGAAAAAAUUGCAGGCGGCGUCGAAGGGAACAAAAUCGAUUUCCGCGUUUUUUGCAAAGAAAAAUUAA